AUGAGUCAAUACUAUCAGUCGGACGCUAUCGUACAACUCAUACAGAAAGCAAUGACUAUAAUGAGUGAAAAUGAGUUAAAUUCUGAGUUCAUAGCAGAAAAGUGCGAGAAUAUCACGAAAUCGAUAGCAGAUAAGCGUCAGUAUAAGGGACUGGUACUCAGGAACGGCCUAAAAGUGGUGCUCAUCAGCGAUGCCGAGGCGGACAAGUCGGCGGCGGCGAUGGACGUGGCGGUGGGCUCGAUGUCGGACCCCCGGACGGUGCAAGGGUUGGCCCACUUCUUAGAGCACAUGCUAUUCAUGGGCACUAAGAAGUAUCCCAAAGAAAACAAUUACCAGAAGUAUAUCUCUAGUAAUGGUGGUGACAGUAAUGCAUAUACCGCUGAGACUAAUACUAACUAUCACUUCGACAUAUCCCCGGACUUCUUGACCGGUGCUCUCGACAGAUUCGCGCAGUUCUUCAUUGAGCCGCUGUUCACAGAGAGUGCGACGGAAAGGGAGAUGAAUGCCGUGCACUCGGAAUACGAGGGGAAUAUACCGACGGAUUGCUGGAAGUGCUCGCAAACAGAGAAAUCGCUGUCAGAUCCCAAACAUGAUUACAACAAAUUUGCGAUCGGAUGUAUGGAAACACUGAAAGAGAUUCCUCUGAAGAAUAACAUUAAUGUCCGGAAAGAAUUGCUUUCGUUUCACGAGCGCUGGUAUUCAGCAAAUAUCAUGUCUUUAGUGGUUUUAGGCAAAGAAAGUAUUAAAGAAUUGCAAGAAUUAGUGGUUCCGUUGUUUUCUCAAAUCAAGAAUAACAGUGCAAUCGCUCCCAAAUGGACUACAAAUCCAUUUACCACUGAAUGCCUACAAAAGCAGUGCUUUGUUGUGCCGAAUAUGGAUACCAGGAGUUUGGAGCUAAAGUUCCCGAUCCCUGACAUGAGAGCCCAUUACAAAUCAAAACCGGCUGAUAUUAUAUCUCAUCUGAUUGGACACGAAGGACCGGGUAGUUUGCUAUCGGCGCUAAAAUCGCGAAACUGGUGCACGUGUUUAGGCGCCGAUUCUACUACUUCAAGAGGUUUUGCAUUCUUCACGGUUACCGUCGAUUUGACUGAACAGGGAAUUGAGUGCAUCGACGAUAUCAUUGCAUUAGUCUUUCAAUACAUUAAUUUACUUAAAAGAGAGGGUCCGAAGCAAUGGAUUUUCGAUGAAUUGAAACAAAUUCGAGAAAUUAUGUUUAGUUUCAAAGAGAAAGAGCACUCAAUGGGCCAUUGCGUCAAUACAUCGGAAGUCCUUCACGAUAUACCACUUAAUGAUUGUUUAAGUGUUGGUUAUUUGUUUCACGAAUUCAAACCCGAUUUGAUCACUGAUAUCGUGAAUCUCUUGACACCGGAUCGGAUGCGAGUGAUAGUUGUGGCGAAAAAAUUCGCCACAAUUGCGGAUCAGACAGAGAAGUGGUUCUCAACGAAGUAUAAACAACAAGACAUUCCUAAGGAAAAGAUCCAGAAAUGGCUAAACAUUGGAUUCAAUGACAAGUUAGCACUUCCGCCAAAGAAUGACUUCAUUCCCUAUAAUCUCAAUCUUAAGCCAAUCGAUGAUAACGUGAAACGAAUGCCACAAAUGAUUAGAAACACAGAGUUUUCUCGUGUUUGGCAUUUGCAGGACAAUCAAUACCGCACUCCAAAGGCUUACUAUAUAUUC